AUGCCUUCUAUCCUCACUCGCUUCCGAACGCGCGCUAUAAGCCAAACUACUUCCGACUCUUCACAGACCGCACGCCCUAUCACGCCCACGAACGACCAACAGUUUCUUUCUUCGACUCAAUCACAUAUAUAUUCAUCGUCAUCAUCGUACGACCGCGACCGCGACAGACUUGGACCACUUUCAUACUACUCCCAUUCUCAUUCCUCAACCACGCCACCGCCACUCACGUCACCUACACAAUCACAACCACAACCACCAAUAGAGCGCAAGAUCUUUCCGGACGUUAAUACGUUACUAGAAGAAUACUCCGCCGAACCUUCAUCGACAUCGACGUAUGCUCCCGUUUCACCACUACCAUCAUCAUCAUCACCUAUGCAGCAGCAGAAGAGGAAGCAGCAGGUACCCCGGAGGUCUUUGGACGAGGUGUUCAUUAGGCCGCUCAGACCGAGGAGACCUUCUGCGGCUACUCAGGCUACUCCUUCACCCACGUCACAGCAAACAUUUCCCAGUUCCUCGAAGUCAAAGAGAAAGGAAGACACUGUUAUGCCCCCUCUGCCCCCUCCUCCCCCUGCAGCCGUGAGCGUAGAAGCCUUCGGCCACGACCGACCUCCAUCCUCGACGAGUCUUACGAGUCGCAAAUCGGUCGGACGGAGCGGGAGAAUCUUGUCAAGGAUGACAGCGAUGGCCACGCCGGGGGAUUGGUCAACUUUUGGCAGAGGCGUUACAGGUGCGGGAAGUGGAAGUCAUGCGAAGGAGCAGCCUUCGGCUUGGCAUACGAGGUUUCGGAGCAGAGGAGGGGAGAGGAAUGCGAGCAGUAGGACGGGGAGUACGAGGUCGAGGAGUUCGGGUGCUGGGUAUCCGAGUCGGCAUGGGAGGACGCAGAGUACGUUGAAUGUGUCGAGACCUUCGACGGGUGCGGCGUCGAGGCCUUCUACGGGCGUGACGGUUUCGCAGUCGGCGUCUUCUCAUCAGCAUGAGAAUAAGGAGAACGAUCAGCCUCCUUCUUCGGUUGGCCAUUCGCAGUCCCAUUCACACUCGCACUCACAUUCGAUUUCGAAUAUCUCCCAUCCUCCUGUCUCGAGACCAGAUUCGAACCCGAAGACUGAAAAUACGGGUAACAAGCCCGGAAUCCAUGCGCACCACACAUCUCUCACUUCUGGUUCCUUGGCCGCUAGCUCUCCGAAUGACAGCCUCAGUCCUGCCAAUAGAGAUAUCGAGUCGCCACAUACCUUUGGAGGAUCUUUGUCUGACUCGCAACAGGACCCAUCUGGUGCAGCACUUACCUCACUCAACAAUCCUUCACUCCUCGCCGUUUCUCCAUCUCAGCCAAAUGCCCCCGUCCCUCCACUUAACUCUAGCCCGACAUCGUCACCAGAGGAGCCUUACUUUCAAUUGUAUCAACGUGGCGUAACUUAUCCUCCUGAUGUUCGACAGCGCGCGAGUAGUGCGUUUACGCCGGGUCCUGCUGUAGACGAGACGGAAGUAGAGUCCUCGUCAUUUGGGAAGAAAGUCAGGCGUUAUCGCAGUAUGCCCAAGGUUCAACAAGUCUUCCAGUAUUCGUCCUCUGCAGCAGGUCCCAGUCGAAUCCGUUCGCCCAGUCGCUCUCCCACCCGUCUUCGCGCACGGUCUCGUGCUCGAUCCGGAUCCAAACAGAACGAAGACAGACGCGAAAACGCCGACUACUUCGCUCUGCAGUCUCCUGGUACACCUCAGGCUCGAGGCAAUUGGGCCACACAGAUCUCGAAGGAGGUGCGCCUUGCUCUCGGCCUCGGUUCCGGUCCGUCGUCGGACCCUCCGUCUCCAGGGCUUCCUGAACCGGCAACUUUCCUGCCCUCUUCGUCGUCGUCGACGCCGGCGAAUCCCGAGGCACGCGUUAACGACGAGGCGCGCUUUUCGUCCGCAGACAGGAUCAAUCGCCCUUCUUCUUCUUCUUCUUCUCUGCGAUAUCCUCAACCUGUUCAUUUCUUGUCCUCCGCCGCUGUACCAGGUCCUUCGUUUGAUUCGCCGAUAUACUAUCUAGACGAUAAUUUAUUGCGCUCGAGGCGCGAUCUCAAUCCCGAUCUCGAGUCUCCUCCGGACUCGACGAAGACGACUACGGCUUCUGCUCGCACGGAGGAGAAGGCGAAAGAUCUGGUGCUUGAACGCGAGAGGACGAUGAUGCAGCCUGUGGAUCUUACGCCGACGGAGGAAGUUCAGGGGCGUCCGAAGGGUAAAGCGAGGUCAGGAUCGGGAUCGAGGGGUAGUAAAAGUAGAGGGAGUAAGACCUUACGCAGUUCACUCAAAACGUCGCGUUCGAGGAAUGCACCCUCCGUUGCACUCGGCGCACCGUUUGUUCUACCACAAUCUCAAUCUCAAAAUGCGGGAGGCCCUUCGUCGCCGGGUGCUGGACCAUCGACGCCUCUCAGUCAUACCGUCUCGUUCUCGAAUGAGUACGAGUCGCCUGAUCCGGGUGUGGAGGGGGAUGUCAGUGAGGGAGAUCCGUUGACGCCGCAGAGUGUGAAGGGGAAGAGGAAGGCGGAUGAUUUGGAUGUCCAGUUGGCUGAUCAGAGGGGACAGAGGGCGACGUUUGCGACUGUGCCGAUGCCAGAUACAAAUGAACGAGUCGUUCGCCAGGGCAGCAUCGCGCGGGCUCCAUCCGCAUUCAAACGUGCACGACUGUCGACACCUUUACAACCACCCUCACCAGGUCAUUCGCGACCAGGUUCCUCACAAGCCCAACAAACUUCCCAGGAUCAACCCACAACAGGCACCUGGGGAAACCGAGCUUCCUCCCGCGGCCCCGGUCCCUCUCGCGCCCCCUCUCGCGCAUCCCAACCCCCCUCCACUGUCCGCGCACAAUCCCAAAACGCAUCCCACCCCGAUGCCGCCGCUGCUUUCGCCACCGCCACCGUCAACUCCACCCCUCGCUCCCACUCGCAUCACGACCGCGACCGCGACCGACGCGGUUCCCUCUCCGGCGUCUCCGUCCCCAUCUCAGCGUUCAUCGUCCCCCACGCACCCUCCGUCUCUCGCUCCUCGCAGUUUCACAUGCGAGAUCCGAGACGGCCGGCGAAGAAGAUGGAGACGGGGUGGGCGUUGCGGUUUCGGAAUUUGGAAGAGGACGAGGAGGGGAGUCCGGUGCAGGCUUGGAUGUUCUUUGUCGGGUUUUUGGUGUUUCCGGUUUGGUGGGUUGGUGGGUGGGUGUGGAGGGUGCCGAGGACGAGGGAGUUGAGUGUGGAUGGGCGUGGACAUGGACAUGGGGCUGAAGGUGAGCAGGGACAUGGGGAAGGAGGUUUGCAGGCGAGAGGGGAUGUUAGCGUGAGAGUGGAGAAAGGAGUUAUGCUGGACGACCCGAAGAUUGAGUUUGGUGAGUCCUGUUGA